AUGGCCGGCGUCAUCCGGCGGCUGGAUGAAGCGGUGGUGAACCGCAUCGCGGCCGGCGAGGUCAUCCAGAGACCGGCGAACGCCAUCAAGGAGAUGAUAGAGAACUGCUUGGAUGCUAAAUCUACGAGUAUCCAGGUAGUAGUUAAAGAAGGUGGUCUGAAGCUCAUCCAGGUCCAAGAUAAUGGCUGUGGUAUCAGAAAAGAAGAUCUGGACAUUGUAUGUGAGAGAUUUACUACCAGUAAACUGCAAAAAUUUGAAGACUUGGCUAGUAUUGCCACUUAUGGUUUUAGGGGCGAGGCAUUGGCUAGCAUCAGUCAUGUUGCCCAUGUUACGGUAACAACUAAAACAGCUGAUGCAAAGUGUGCAUACAGAGCUACUUACAGUGAUGGAAAAAUUAAAGCCCCUCCAAAACCGUGUGCUGGAAACCAGGGAACUCAGAUCACGGUUGAAGAUCUCUUUUACAAUGUAAAUACAAGGAGGAAAGCUUUAAAAAAUCCAAAUGAAGAAUAUGCAAAAAUACUAGAAGUUGUUAGCAGGUAUGCCAUCCAUAACUCGGGCAUCAGCUUUUCAGUUAAAAAGCAAGGUGAUACCGUGUCAGAUGUUAGAACCUUAUCAAAUGCCUCAACAGUGGACAACAUUAGGUCCAUCUUUGGAAAUGCGGUUAGCAGGGAACUGAUAGAAGUGGGCUGUGAAGAUGCAAGUCUGGCCUUUAAAAUGAAAGGCUACAUCACGAAUGCAAACUACUCUGUGAAGAAAUGUAUAUUUUUACUCUUCAUAAACCAUCGAUUGGUAGAAUCAGCCGCUUUACGGAAAGCCAUAGAAACUGUGUAUGCUGCUUAUUUGCCAAAAAGCACACAUCCAUUCCUGUAUUUAAGCCUAGAAAUAGCCCCCCAGAAUGUAGAUGUGAAUGUGCACCCUACAAAACAUGAGGUCCAUUUCCUUCAUGAAGAUAGUAUUCUAGAGCGUGUGCAACAACAUGUAGAGAGCAAGUUACUGGGCUCUAAUUCUUCAAGGAUGUACUUCACUCAGACAUUGCUUCCAGGGGCCGACUGUUCUUCCAGCGAGGUUGUAAAAUCAGCAGCAAACUCUUCUGUGGUUACCAAAGGAACCAGUGAUAAAGUUUACGCGCAUCAGAUGGUCCGCACUGAUUCCCGAGAGCAGAAACUGGAUGCUUUUCUUCAGCCAGUGAACAAUCCCCUAAGUACAGGCCCCAGUGAAGCAACGACAGAGGUUAAUGCAGGACCUCCAGAGGGUUCGGUCAGGCCACAGGAUGCUGAAAUGGAAGAUGUCAGUGAUCUAGUUGAAAUGGCUGAUGUUCAGGACACAGUGAUGCCUGGGAGGCUGAGUGAGAGUGGACGCUUGUCUCCUGAGACAGUGCCUCCUCGAAAGAGACCACGGGAAGACGUGGAUGUAGAAAUGGAGAAGGAUGACACCAGAAAGGACAUGACGGCUGCCUGCACCCCUAGAAGAAGAAUUAUCAACUUGACUAGUGUAUUGACUCUCCAGGAGGAAAUUAGUAACCAGGCACAUGCAAAUCUUCAGGAGAUGCUACAUGAUCACUCAUUUGUUGGCUGUGUCAGUCCCCAGUGGGCUCUGGCCCAAUAUCAGACAAAACUGUAUCUUCUCAAUACAACAAAACUCAGCCAAGAACUCUUCUACCAGAUACUUAUUUAUGACUUUGCAAACUUUGGAGUCUUAAGGCUGUCUGAGCCAGCUCCUUUAUAUGAGCUUUCAAUGCUUGCUUUAGAGGAUCCUGAAAGUGGCUGGACAGAAGAUGAUGGCCCAAAAGAAGGGCUUGCAGAGUACAUUGUGGAGUUUCUGAAAAAGAAGACUGAAAUGCUGAAAGAUUAUUUUUCUCUUGAAAUUGAUGAGGAAGGAAACCUUAUUGGGCUACCACUUCUGAUAGAUAACUAUGUUCCGCCGAUGGAAGGACUGCCUAUAUUUAUCCUUCGCUUGGCCACAGAGGUAAACUGGGAUGAAGAAAAGGAGUGUUUUGAAAGCCUAAGCAAAGAAUUAGCUAUGUUCUACUCCAUUAGAAAGCAAUAUAUAAUAGAUGAAGCCAACUUGACAAACUCUCAGAAUGAAGAUUCUGACUCUGGUUCAACAACGUGGAAAUGGACUGUGGAACACGUACUUUACAAGGCUUUUAGGACUCAUCUUUUACCUCCUAAACGCUUCACAGAAGACGGCAACAUUUUGCAGCUUGCUAACCUGCCUGACCUAUAUAAAGUUUUUGAGAGAUGUUGAGCAAGUAGUUAUAUAGACUGGUGUAUAGU